AUGAAGGACUGGAACUCACCAGUCUACGCAUUUUUCAAUCCGACACCAGAGAUUAUCGAAAUUGAUGGCUGCCGUGCCCAUAACUUCAAGUGCCAAGCCAGAAAUUGCAAGACCAAAAAGCAUGUGCGUUCGUGCUGGGGUGAUGAAGUGUUGAAAGCUGCGGAUGAGGCCAAGGAUGCCAAGGAGGUGUGCCAAAGGAUAGUUGGUAGUUUCCUGCAAAAUGGAUUGAUCACUGCAUCAUUCAAAUGUAAGGGUAAAGGGAAAGUUACAUACUCACACUGUCAACAUACAUGUGCAGAAACAAGCCUGCAUCCAUUCGAUAUUGUCAAGGACUGCGCAUUUCAGUCACUGCUGAAGACAGGGAGACCAGACUAUUACAUACCUUCCCCCUCCACUGUUUUGUGUGACCGUGUCACUACAAUGUUACAGGAAUACAACAGUAAAAUAAACUUUACUACUGAUAGUUGGUCUUCGCCCAACCAUCAUGCAUUGGUCACAUUUUCAGCACACUUCGAGCACAAGGGGGAACCACUAAGCAUACCAUUAGAUGUUGUUGAAGUGGGGAAGGUAAAAAAAACUCACCUAUGUAGAUAUGUAUGA